UCCGCGCUGCGAUGACAGGAAGAAGUUGGGGUCAAAUAUUAUCAAACGAUUAAUUUGCAUUAAAUAUGUGUGUAUAUAUAUAUAUAUACAUAUAUAUUAACGCGUUAAUAUUUUAAGAUUAAUCGCAUGCGUUAACGUUGACACCCUAGUAAAAUAUAAACCUGUUGAACCGUUUCAUGUCAAAACUGAAACUUUCAAAAGACUCCAUUUUGAGAAAGGAACACGAACAACAUCAGGAGAGAAAAGCUGUUUGUGAAUAAUGUGAAUCAGUUUAAAAACAAGUUUUAUACUGCUGUCUAGAGAAAGAAUGGAUUUAUGAACUGAAUGAAGUGUUUGACGUUCAUUGUUGAGACAGCGGUAACGUCCUGACAGCCAUAUAUGGAUUCAUACACCUUUAGCAGUUUCUUAAACCGUUGAACUCACUUCCUGUAAAAUGAGUCUCUCUGAGCAGAGAAAGGAGGGGGCAGCAUCUCCAGAACCCAGCUGCGUGUCAAUGAAGAGUGAGGAGUCCAUGAACCGUCCCCCUAGACUUAGCGAUGGAGUAGUGACCUCUGACCUUGAUAGUUCUGACUGUAAUAUGAGUCUCUAUGAGUGGACAAAGGAGGGGUUACCGUUCAGAAACAUAAAGCAGCAUCUCCGGAACCCAGCUGUGUGUCUAUGAAGAGAUACAGAUUCAUGAAUGACCCUCCUGAACUCAGUGAUGGAGUGACCUCUGACUCUGAAGUGAAAAGAGUCAAAGAACAGCACAAAAACAGCAUGAAGAACAAGUAUGAGAGGUUAUUUGAGGGAAUCAUACGACAAGGGAAUCAAACCCUCCUGAACAAGAUCUACACACAGCUCUACAUCAUAGAGGGAGAGAGUGAAGGUGUGAAUGAAGAACAUGAGGUUUUACAGAUGGAGAAAACAACCAGAACACAAGACACUCCAAUCUACUGCAAUGACAUCUUUAAACCCUUACAACAACCAGAAUGUGAGGAAAAAGACAAAAUCAAGUCUGUUCUGACUAAAGGCAUCGCUGGAAUUGGAAAAACCGUCUCUGUGCAGAAGUUCAUUCUGGACUGGACCGAGGGAAAAGCCAAUCAGGAUGUAGAUUUCAUGUUUGUGCUUCCAUUUCGAGAGCUGAACUUGAUUAAAGAUCAUCAGUACAGUCUUCACAGACUUCUGCUGGACUUUCAUCCUGAACUUCAAGAUCUGGACUCAAAGAUUUAUGAGGAGUGUAAAGUUGUGUUCAUCUUUGAUGGUCUGGAUGAAAGCAGAAUCACACUGAUGUUUACAGACAGACAGAAAGUUUGUGAUGUGAAUGAAUCUUCAUCAGUGGGUGUGUUGAUGUCAAACCUCAUCAGAGGAGACCUGCUUCCCUCUGCUCUCAUCUGGAUCACCUCCAGACCUGCAGCAGCCAAUCAGAUCCCCUCAGAAUACAUCAACCGUGUGACAGAAAUUCAGGGAUUCAAUGAGCCUCAGAAGGAGGAAUAUUUCAGGAAGAGAAUCAGUGAUGAGCAUCAAGCCAGCAGAAUCAUCUCACACAUUAGAAAAUCAAGAAGCCUCCACAUCAUGUGUCACAUCCCCGUCUUCUGCUGGAUCUCAGCCACUGUGCUUCAGAACCUCCUGAAACAAGAUAGCAGUGCAGAAAUCCCUCAAACUCUGACUGAAAUGUACAUCCACUUCCUGCUGACUCAGAUCAACAUGAGGAAUCAGAAGUAUGAUGAGAAAAACCCAGACAAACCCCUGAAGUCCAGCAGAGAUGUGAUUGUGAAACUUGCUAAACUGGCUUUCAAUCAGCUGAUGAAGGGCAAUGUGAUGUUCUAUGAGGAGGACCUGAUUGAGAGCGGCAUAGGCGUCACUGAUGCUGCGGUGUAUUCUGGGAUUUGCACCGAGAUCUUUAAGGAAGAAUCUGUGAUUCAUCAGAGGAAAGUCUACUGCUUCGUUCAUCUGAGCUUUCAGGAGUUUCUGGCUGCUUUCUAUGAGUUUUAUUCCCACAUAGCCAAGAAGAUGAAAUUACAGAAGUCAUUUGCGGAUUAUCAAUAUCAGUUGUACAGUCAGGAAUUCUCUUUAUAUGAGCCAAUAAAAACAGCAGUUAAUAACUCUUUGCAGUGUAAAAAUGGACACCUGGAUCUUUUCCUGCGGUUCCUGCUGGGCAUCUCACUGGAGUCCAAUCAGAGACUCUUACAGGAUCUACUGACACACACAGUGAACAGCUCAGAAACCAUCAACAGAAUCACACAGUACAUUAAAGCCACAAUCAAGGGUGAUGAACGUCUCUCAGCUGACAGAUGCAUCAAUCUGUUUCUCUGUCUGCUGGAAAUGAAGGAUCAGACUCUGUUCAGAGAGAUUCAGGAGUUUGUGAAAUCAGGGAAUCACUCAGUGAAUCGACUCUCUCCCGGUCACUGCUCAACAAUCGCCUACUUGCUUCAGAUAUCAGAGGAGGUGCUGGAUGAGUUUGAUCUGAAGAAAUACAACACAUCAGAUGAGGGUAGAAGGAGACUGAUACCAGCUGUUGUGAACUGCAGAAAAGCUCUAUUUGCUUGCUGUAAUCUCACUCGUCUAUGCUGUAAAAGUUUGUCUUCAUCUCUACAAUCAUCAAACUCACUGAGAGAGCUGGACCUGAGUAACAAUGACCUGCAGGAUUCAGGAGUGAAGCUUCUGUCUGAUGGACUGAAGAGUUUACACUGUCAACUCAACAUUCUGAGAUUGACCAGCUGUAAUCUCACUGGUCAGUCCUGUGAAAGUUUGUCUUCAUCUCUACGAUCAUCAAACUCACUGAGAGAGCUGGACCUGAGUAACAAUGACCUGCAGGAUUCAGGAGUGAAGCUUCUGUCUGAUGGACUGAAGAGUUCACGCUGUCAACUCAACAUACUGAGAUUAUCUGGCUGUAUGGUGACAGAGGAAGGCUGUUGUUUUCUGGCUUCAGCUCUUAGUUCAAACCUCUCACACCUGAGAGAGCUGGAUCUGAGCUACAAUCACCCAGGAAAAUCAUUAGUCAAGCUGCUCUCUGAUCCAAACUACAAACUGGACAAACUCAAUGUGGAUCACGGAGGAGAGAUCAGGAUUACAACAGGACCACAGAAAUAUGCAUGUGAUCUCACACUGGAUUUAAACACAGCAAACACUCGUCUCAUUCUGUCUGAGAGGAACAGAAAGGCAACAUAUGUGAGAGAGAAGCAGCCGUAUCCUGAUCAUCCAGAGAGAUUUGAUGAAUGUCUUCAAGUUCUGUGUAGAGAGAGUCUGUCUGGACGCUGUUACUGGGAGGCUGAAUGGAGUGGGAACGUUUGUGUAUCAGUGACGUAUACAGGAAUCCACAGGAAAGAAUGGAGGAAUGACUGUAGGUUUGGAUACAAUGAAAAGUCCUGGAGUCUAAACUGUUCUACUGACAGUUUCUUUGUCAUACACAAUAAUAAGCGCACAGACAUAUCUGUCCCUUCACGUCGCUCUAACAGAGUAGGAGUGAAUCUGGACUGGUCGGCUGGCACUCUGUCCUUCUACAGCGUCUCUGACACACACACACACACACUCACACACUUACACACAUUCAAUAGCACAUUCACUGAACUCCUCUAUGCUGGAUUUGGAUUUGAUUAUGGAUCCUCAGUGUCUCUGUGUGCAAUUGAACAGCUUCCUGUGAGAAACAACCAAGACACACAGUAAAGAAACACACUUACAUUAUAUCUCAUUACUCUCUCACAGUUGUAAACUCUGUCUCUCUUCUAAUCUGAAUUUCAGUAUGUAUAUAGAAACACACACACAUUGACUACGGUCUAAAUGAGACACACUACAGACUUGUGUUUUUCUAAAGACAUUUGAAUGUGGCUCAACAGUUUUGUCUUUCUGAUUCUCUGAGCGCCACCUGGAGGAAGAUUUAGUUUCUUGCUCACAGGAAACAGUUCUUAGCAACUGCUUGCUCUGUUAGUAUUGUAACUGAGGGUUGGUCAUAGCUCAUCUUCUAAACACACUUCAUUACGAGUGUUAAAGGCUGUGGAGCUCAUAUUAAGGUUGACAUCUCUUCCUGAUCACUCAUUCUCAACUGUCUGUUUUUCAAUCACAGUCAAACUGAUUGUUCAAUAGAGUUGAAGAUGUGGUUUAAACUCAUGUCAUAUUCUCAAAUUAUUUUAACCUGUUGCUUCCUAAUACUUAGUCAUUUAAUAGAAAUGCAUCACUAACCAUAUAAUUAACUGUCAUUCAUUUGUAAUUUUCAAUCAAUUAAAUUUUAUUUUCUAACA